UCAACUCUCUAAGCUAGCAGACUUUUCCCUGUUCCAAGUCUUUGCAUCGCCUGUUGGAGAUUUCUUUGAGUUCUCUCUGCUCCAGAGCUCUGCUUAGCAGAACAUCAUUUGCCAUGGAAACUUUUCUAAAGCACAGAACCCAUGUCCUUUUUCUGCUUAGUUUUCUAUUCCACUUCUCAAACCUCCACUUUCUCUCUUUUGCUGAUGAUUACUACAUCAACUGUGGCUCUGAUGCUAAUGUGAACCUCACUACUGGCCAGGCUUUCGUUGGACAAUCGAAGUCUGGUUCUUCUUUCUCCAACAGCAACAACGUCGCAGCCACGAACCAGUUGCCUGCUUCACUGUCAGCUCUCUACCAGACGGCUAGAGCUUCCAGUGAUCCUUUCUACUAUGAGUUCAAGGUCACUGUUGGUACUUAUCUGGUACGCCUACAUUUCUUUGCCUUUUCUUCCACCGCAAGUAAUCUCUCCGCUGCUGUUUUUGAUGUUCUGGAUUCUUCAAAGUUCACACUGUUGAACAAUUUUAGUGCCAAGAAUGGUACCAGUUCUCCUUUGAUAAAGGAAUUCUUUCUUGGAAUUAAUAGUACUGAAUCAUUUAGACUGUACUUUGCACCCCGGGCAUCAUCUUUGGCGUUUGUAAACGCUAUUGAAUUCGUCGCCGUUCCUCCAGAUUUCACCAACUUCAUCCCUGAGAAUUAUGCUAGUAAUUUCCCUUUACAGACAAUUUACAGAGUGAAUGUUGGGGGCCCUUCACAAAAUGAUAAUCAUGCCAUGUGGAGAAGCUGGGAAAGUGAUGAUAUUUACCUGCCUGAUCCAAACUCUGCUAAGCAAAUCAACAAAAGUACACUUAAUAGGAAUUAUGUGGGAGAAAUUGAUGGUUUGGUUGCAUCUAAUGAUCCUGUCGCCCCAGGUUGGGUAUACCAGACUGCUAAAGUGAUGAAUAUCACUGCUAGCAGGCCGGCCAAUUCCUCCAACAUAACUUGGUCAUUUGGAGUGAGUGGGAGUGCUAGGCACAUUGUCCGGGCUCACUUCUGUGACAUUGUUGAUCAGCCCCUUAAUGUUGUAUUUUACUUGUAUUCAAAUGAUAUCUUGCGGAAGGAGAUUGGUAGCAGCAAUAACACUAUUUCUACAUAUCCAGGACUUCCUUUCUACUAUGAUUUUAUGGUGAAUUUUAGUGAGUCUGAACUCAUCCGCAUCACCAUAAGACCUAACUUGGAGAAUGCUACAGUUCAUAAUGCAUUUCUAAAUGGGCUAGAAAUACUGGAGAUGAGGGAGGCUGUAGCUCCAAUUCCUAAUGUGAAAGAGUCCAAAAGGAAUGUUGUGGCUCUUGUUGUUGGUUCCGUUCUUGGAGGGCUGUUACUCAUUUGCAUUCUUACAGCUGGAUUUGUGUUCCGUUCGAGACAGAGAAAGGCAGGAAAGGGAGUUGAAACAUCAGAUUGGUCUCCAAUGCCUGAAAAUGGAGGGAUUUCCUUCAGCCGAGGGACUGAAAGAACCAUCACUGGAUCACCUAUGAAUUUAAUGAAUCUUGGGUUAAAAAUAUCUUUUGCUGAAAUUCAGUCUGCAACAAACAAGUUUGACACCAAAUUGCUGAUAGGUAAGGGCGGCUUUGGGAAUGUAUAUAGAGGGACUCUCUUGAAUGGCACAAAAGUAGCUAUAAAGCGAGCUUAUAAGAGAGAUGAGCAUGGUUCAGGAUCAGGGCAGGGCCGUCCAGAAUUCCAAACAGAGAUUAUGGUGUUGUCCAAGAUUCGCCACCGCCAUCUUGUGUCCUUAAUUGGGUACUGUGAUGAAAGGUCUGAGAUGAUAUUAGUUUAUGAGUUCAUGGAAAGGGGGACCUUGAGAGACCAUUUGUAUGAUUCAAACUUGCCUCACCUAUCAUGGAAGCAACGACUUGAUAUUAGUAUUGGAGCAGCAAGGGGUCUUCAUUAUCUCCACACAGGUGCAGCUGGGGGAAUCAUUCACCGUGAUGUCAAGUCCACCAACAUAUUGCUUGAUGAAAACCUUGUUGCCAAAGUUGCUGACUUUGGCCUCUCGAAAUCUGGCCCUCUCGAUGAAACACAUGUCAGCACAAAUGUCAAAGGCACUUUUGGUUACCUUGAUCCUGAGUACAUGAUGUCUGAACAGCUGACAGAAAAAUCUGAUGUUUACUCAUUUGGUGUAGUUCUUCUUGAGGUGUUAUGCGGAAGACCUGCUAUUGAUCCAACUCUUCCAAGAGAGCAAAUGAACUUGGCUGAAUGGGGUAUGCUUUGCAAGCAAAAAGGGUUGCUUGAUCAGAUUGUCGAUUCUCCUUUGAAAAAUCAGAUAGGUCCUAGCUCAUUGAGAAAGUUUGGUGAGACAGCUGACAAGUGUCUGCAAGAAGAUGCUUCUAAUAGACCAACAAUGGCUGAUGUACUAUGGGAGUUGGAGUAUGCAUUACAGCUUCAGCAACAACCAAAGCUUAAAGAGGCUCAUGAGGACAGCACUGCCAUUGAUGCCUCAUCAGCAGCAUUCGGUGUGCCAAAUAUUCAGCGUUUUCCUUCACUAGGUUCAACCGUAAAUGGAGAUGAUAUGAGGGACGACGAAUUGGACACAACAGAGAACAAAAUUUUCUCCCUAUUGAAAAUUAGUGAUGCCAGAUAGAUGCAAGGUUCGUCAGCGAACACUAAUUAUUUUUGUUUAUUUACCCUGUUAAGUAUUAGGUGAUGUGCCGUGUUACUUCAUCUGUGUGUUUGUUUCAUUAGCAUCUCUAUGAUGUGAUAUAUGAGAGUCUCAAUUCUGCACAAAUAGAAUGAUAUCAUCUUCACUCUUUUCCUGAGGCUAAUUUUCAGCCGUCUGCAUACUUCCAUUGCCUACUUUGGGCCAAUUAGCCUUUUC